AUGGACAAAUUCCUCUCAGGUGCUUCAAGGGCCCCAACCAAAAAACAGACGUCUUCAAAAACGCCCAAAAAUGUUCCAUGGGUUGAAAAAUACCGCCCUAAAACUGUAGAUGAAGUGGCUCACCAGCCGGAAGUUGUUGCGGUUUUGAAAAAAUGCUUGGAUGGCGCUGAUCUACCCAACCUCCUUUUCUAUGGUCCGCCUGGGACAGGCAAAACCUCCCUUAUUCUGGCCUUGGCCAGACAACUAUUUGGGUCCCUGUUUUCGGACCGAGUUUUGGAGCUGAACGCCAGUGAUGAGCGUGGUAUCGCUGUGAUUCGCGAAAAAGUGAAGAGCUUUGCCAGGCUUGCUGUCAGCAGUGGUGGAGCGAGCACUUCGCGCGGACCGCCCCCCUACAAACUCGUCAUAUUGGAUGAAGCGGACUCCAUGACCGCGCCUGCCCAGGCUGCCCUUCGCCGAACUAUGGAGACAGAAAUGAAAACCACCCGAUUCUGCCUCACCUGCAACUACGUCAGUCGUAUCAUCGGUCCCAUCACAAGUCGUUGCGCCAAGUUUCGUUUCCGUCCACUUGACAACAACGUCGCAAAAUCUCGUCUGCGACAGAUUGCGGAAGCUGAGUCGCUCAGCGGUAUCACGCUCCUCCAAAGUGCCUCCCUUAUCGUAGCUCCGUUAGACGAUAAAAGUGAGAAGGCAGAGGUCACCGAAAAGCAUCUGGAUGAGCUGGCCUCUGUAGUUCCCACAAACUUUGAGAUCUCCUUCCUCUCAGCCACCCGCGGUCGCAAUUUUGAGAAGCUUCAAUCAACAGUUAAGGACCUCCUUUACGAGGGCUACUCGGCUCUGCAAUUGAUUACGCAGCUUCAGGCCACCAUUCUCGAGGCCGAGGACUUCACGGAGCCGGAGAAGCAGCGUAUCCUCGAGGCUCUAGCUGAGGCUGAUGCUAAAUUAGUCGAUGGUGCAGACGAAUACCUUCAGUUAUUGACCGUUGGAGGAAGUAUGAUCAAGGCGAUUGGCUGA